AUGGUGAAGAAGUUCUUUGGCCUCUCCGGCCAGGCACUUAACUGGGCCAUUGGAGCAGUAGCAGGAUGUGACUUCCUGCUCUUUGGUUACGACCAAGGGGUCAUGGGUGGCAUUCUCACGCUUCCCAUCUUCCUCGAACAGUUCCCAGACAUCAACGAUAGUGCGGAUGGUCUCACAGACGCGGAGAAAGCCAGCAGAUCGACGUACCAGGGCAUUGCUGUCGCUUCAUACAACCUGGGCUGUUUUAUCGGGGCCAUCAUCACCAUCUUCAUUGGUAAUCCUCUUGGUCGCAGACGCAUGAUCUUCCUCGGCACUGCCAUCAUGGUUGUUGGGGCGGCCCUUCAAGCCUCUGCUUUCACUCUCGAGCAUUUCAUCAUUGGGCGUAUCAUCACUGGACUAGGAAAUGGUGGAAAUACCUCCACCGUGCCCAUGUGGCAAUCUGAGACUUGCUCAGCCCACAAACGUGGUAAACUUGUCAUGAUUGAAGGUGCACUCAUCACCGGCGGUAUCAUGAUUUCAUAUUGGGUGGACCUCGGCCUUUCCUUCGCGCCCGGCUCUGUUGCGUGGCGUUUCCCUCUGGCCUUCCAGAUUGUCUUUUGUGUUUUCAUUCUGGCAUUUGUGCUCGGCUUGCCCGAGUCUCCUCGGUGGCUCAUCCUCAAGGGCCGUGACGCUGAAGCUCGGGAAGUCAUUGCCUCCAUCGCCGAGGUCGAGAACGACGACGGUUACGUCGAGCGGGAGUUUCGCGCCAUCAAGGAAACCGUGGCAGAGAUGAGCAAGGGCAGCUUCGCCGAUUGCUUCGCUCGCGACAAUAACCGCACCCUGCACCGCACCAUCAUCGCCUACGUCAACCAGAUGUUCCAGCAGAUUUCUGGAAUCAAUCUCAUCACGUACUAUGCCGCUGCUAUUUACCAUCGUCUCGGCAUGUCUCCCUUCCUGUCUCGUCUUCUGGCUGCUUUGAACGGCACCGAGUACUUCAUUGCCUCGUGGCCGGCUGUCUUCCUCGUCGAACGCGUCGGUCGCCGGAAGCUCAUGCUGUUCGGUGCUGCUGGUCAGGCCGCCACCAUGGCUAUCCUCGCAGGUGUAGGUUCGCAGGAAAACAAUCAAGCUUGCCAAAUUGCAGGCAUUGCGUUCCUUUUUGUUUUCAAUACCUUCUUUGCAUUUGGCUGGCUCGGCAUGACCUGGCUGUACCCGGCCGAGAUUACUCCCCUGCGGACACGUGCCCCGGCCAACGCGUUGUCCACGUCUUCUAAUUGGAUUUUCAACUUCAUGGUUGUCAUGAUCACCCCUGUCUCCUUUACCAACAUCAAAUACAACACAUACACCAUCUUCGCCAUCAUCAAUGCCAUCAUGGUUCCUUCCGUAUAUUUCUUCUUCCCCGAAACCGCGUACCGAUCUCUGGAAGAAAUGGACACCAUUUUCCAGAAAGUAAAGGGUUGGAGGGGUGCCUUUACAGUCGUACACCAAGCCGAAGUUGAGCCCCGGCGCUACGGCAAACACGGAGAACUUCUCAUCAAUGUUGAUGAGACGGGCGAGAAAAGCAACGAGUAG